AAAUGCCGUUCCCGCUCUAAAGCGUUUGGAAGCAGUGAGCAGAUCGGGGAUAAAUAAGAGACUAAAGAUGGCGACGGUGGAGGAUUCAUGGGACAAAUUCGGAUCCAAAACUUCCCUUUGGAAUACAGAGUCCAGCGAUCCAGUCGCGCAGUGAGAGCCGCGAACCCCCGCGACACCCGGUUCCGCUUCCGUGGCUCCGUUACUGGGCUUUUCUUCUACACUUUCUCGCUUGCAGUAGCAAAUAAAGCGGAUUUUGGAUUCAGAUCAUCCGAACUGACACCGGAUCCCGCUGAUAUGAUCCCGGACUGAACGCGAACCGAGUCCGUGUCGAACUGUAGUUUGGUUCUGGUGAAUGGAGGCCGCUGGAGGGAGGCUGUCUGCCCCGGUGUCGCAGUGAUUUGGGUCGGAACCGGAUCGUGAUGUAUUUUCUGAGCGGCUGGCCGCGGAGGCUCCUCUGCCCGCUCCGGAGCAGCGAGCGGCCCUUCCUGGUCGAGCCCAGCGCGCAACGGUUCUACCUGGCGGUGCUGUCCGAGACCCAGAUCAGCAUCUGGUUCAGCAGGCCCAGCGUGUUGAUCGUCAGUUAUAUCGAGUCUGGGAAAGCGGCUGCGCAGUUCGGCUUCUAUCAGCAGGUGGAAUGGAAGCCUGACGACUCAAUGAUCGCAGUGGCGGCUGCGAACGGUUACGUCCUGCUGUUCGACAUCAUCGGAGGCUCGGAUGAGAAGUACCUGUACGAGCCUGUCUAUCCCAAGGGCAGCGCUCGUGUUAAGGUGACUCCUGGUUAUAAGGAGGAACAGUGUGCUCCUGCUCUGACCCUAGAGAUGAAGAAACCCGUCGACCUGGAGGCUCCAAUCAGCUGUCUGCAGACGCUGCAGGAGGAUCUGUUAGUGGCGACAGCAGACGGUUAUCUGCACAUGCUGCACUGGGACAGUGUGAGUAACGGCCGGAGAGCAGUGAACCUGUGCACCAUCCCGUUCUCCCUCGACCUGCAGUCCUCCAGAGGAGGGCCGUGUUUAGAUCUGGACGGUGUUCACAUUCGGGAUAUGGAGUACUGCGCUACGCUGGACGGAUUUGCAGUCGUGUUUGAUGACGGGCGAAUCGGAUUCAUCACGCCAACCGCAAACAGACUCGCCACAGAUCAGCUGCAGGGUGUUUGGGCCGCAGAUGUCUCUGAUGGCACGUGUGUCGCCGUCAACAACAAAUACAGACUCAUGGCAUUCGGAUGCGCAAGCGGGUCAGUGUUGGUGUACAUGAUUGACAGCUCUACAGGAUCGAUGCAGCUCUCUCAUAAACUGGAGUUAACCCCGAAACACUACCCAGAUAUCUGGAAUAAGACAGGUGCUGUGAAGAUGAUCCGAUGGUCUCCGGACUGCAGUGUUGCGAUGGUGACGUGGGACUGUGGCGGUCUGUCUCUGUGGAGUGUGUUUGGAGCUCAUCUCAUCUGCACGCUCGGGGAAGACUUCGCCUAUCGCUCGGAUGGCACUAAGAAAGAGCCUCUGAAGAUCAGCUCUAUGAGCUGGGGUGUGGAGGGAUAUCAUCUGUGGGUGAUCAGCUGCACAGAUGCGACUCCUGUUCCCAACGGAGCGGAAGGAGACGAGAAACUCCAGCAGGCCGGCAUUCUGCAGUUUCAGUUCAUUAAGAGCGCACUGACCGUCAACCCGUGCACAAGUAAUCAGGAGCAGGUGUUGCUCCACGGAGAGGAUCGUCUGUAUCUGACCUGUGGAGACCCGACUCAGGCUCACGGUGUGUCGGAUAAGAGCCCGUCUCGGGACAGCGGCAGUCCGGUGUGCCAGCCGUCAACGUCCACCCCUCUCUCUCAGGGUCUCAGCACUUUACUGGGCCACAAGCACUGGCAGGUGGUUCAGAUUCACAGCACAUAUCUAGAGACAAACUGGCCCAUCAGGUUCGCAGCUAUAGACUGGUCUGGUCAGUGUGUGGCCGUAGCUGGCCGACGUGGAUUUGCACAUUACUCCUUAUAUACCAGAAAAUGGAAACUGUUUGGUAACGUCACACAGGAGCAGAAUAUGAUGGUGACAGGAGGUCUCGCGUGGUGGGACGACUUUGUUGUUGUUGCCUGUUACAAUUUCAUUGACCGGCAGGAAGAGCUGAGGUUAUACGUGCGCACAUCUAACCUGGAUAACGCGUUUGCCAGCGUCACUAAACUUCACGCCGACACGCUGCUGCUGAACGUGUUUCGUAACGUGGUGAUUCUGUUCCGGGCCGACUGCUCCAUCUGCCUGUACAGCAUCGAGAGACGACAUGACAGUCCGAACCCGUCGGCCAGUGUGGAGCUGCUGCAGGAGGUCUCCAUGUCCCGGUAUAUUCCUCACCCCGGUCUGGUGGUGUCUGUGACCCUCACGUCAGUCCGGACAGAGACCGGCAUCACGCUCAAAGCCCCGCAGCAGGCCUGUUCGGCUGAGAGUAUCCUGUUGAAUUUGGCCGGUCAGCUGAUCAUGCUGCAGAGAGACCGAUCCGGCCCACAGGUACGAGAGAAGGACACGCCGGCCAAUCAAGCGAAGCUGCUUCCGUUCUGUCCGCCGGUGGUUCUGGCUCAGUGCGUAGAGAACGUCUGGACCACUUGCCGCAGCAACCGCAAGAAACGCCACCUGAUGGAGGCUCUAUGGCUCUCAUGCGGUGAGGCGGGGAUGAAGGUGUGGCUUCCUCUCUUCCCGAGAGACCACCGCAAGCCGCACUCAUUCCUGUCGCGCCGGAUCAUGCUGCCCUUCCACAUCAACAUCUACCCGCUCACCGUGCUCUUCGAGGACGCUCUGAUCCUGGGCGCCUCCAACGAGACAGUGCUGUUCGACGGGCCCGGCUCGUCCUCGCUGGAGGCGCUCUUCCCCUUUUGCACGGUGGAGCGGACAUCUCAGAUCUACCUCCACCACAUCCUGAGACAGCUGCUGGUGCGCAAUCUGGGAGAGCAGGCGCUGAUGUUGGCACAGUCCUGUGCCACGCUGCCUUACUUCCCUCACGUUCUGGAGCUGAUGGUGCAUGUGGUGCUGGAGGAGGAGGCCACGUCCAGAGAGCCCAUCCCCGACCCGCUGCUGCCCACCGUCGCCAAGUUCGUGACCGAGUUCCCGCUCUUCCUGCAGACCAUUGUGCACUGCGCGCGCAAGACCGAAUACGCGCUGUGGAACUACCUGUUCGCCGCUGUGGGGAACCCCAAAGACCUGUUCGAGGAGUGCCUGAUGGCGCAGGAUCUGGACACAGCCGCAUCCUACCUGAUCAUCCUGCAGAAUAUGGAGGUUCCAGCAGUCAGCCGUCAACACGCCACUCUGCUCUUCAACACGGCUCUGGAACAGGGCAAAUGGGAUCUGUGUCGUCACAUGAUCCGCUUCCUGAAGGCCAUUGGUUCAGGGGAGAGCGAGACUCCGCCCAGCACACCCACCCCUCAGGAGCAGAGCUCCACGGGCGGCUUCGAGUUCUUCAGGAACCGCAGCAUCAGUCUGUCUCAGUCGGCUGACAGCAUCGCUGGAGGAAAGUUCAACCUGCAGAAGACCCUGAGCGUGCCGUCUGGACCGUCCUCCAAAGGUGGAGAGCGCUGGUGUAAGGACAGUGACUCUGCGGAGAAUCUCUACAUUGAUAUGAUGCUGUGGCGUCACGCGCGACACCUGCUGGAACAGAUCAGACUGCGUGAUCUGGGCUGUUUCUCCGCUCAGCUGGGCUUCGAGCUGAUUGGCUGGCUGUGUCGGGAGCGCAUGCGGGUUGCACGGAUCGACGACUUCGUUACUGCCCUCAAAUGCCUGCACAAGGACUUCCUGUGGCCAUUUCCUGUAAUCCCAGCAUGCUCCAUUAGCUCGCCGCUGAAGAACGGACGCUGCCGCCCAGUGUUGAGUUCUCGUUUGCUAAAGUCUCAGUCUGCGGACAGUUUGCUGAACAGUGACAUGGACACCACGCCCCCUCAGGUCACCACAGCCAAUCACAGCUGGCUGGACAGUUUGGGGGCGGUCUCAAAGGAACUGGACUCCGCCUCCUCUCACGGAGGGCCGCAGACGCAGGAGGCGUUUCUCUCUCCUCUCAUCAACAAAGGAGAGGAGUGCAGCAUCGGUUCAGCCACGGACCUGACUGAGACCAGCUCAAUGGUGGAUGGUGAUUGGACGAUGGUCGACGAGAAUUUCUCCUCCCUCAGUCUCAGCCAAUCAGAGCUGGAGCACAUCUCCAUGGAGCUGGCCAAUAAAGGGCCACAUAAGAGUCAGGUGCAGCUGCGGUAUCUGCUGCACGUCUUCAUGGAGGCCGGCUGUCUGGAGUGGUGCGUCAUCGUUGGUCUGAUCUUACGAGACGCCGGCGUCAUUAAGCAGGUUGUGGGGUUUUUGGACAGUCCAGAAGUGCCACCAGAAACGGUCCAGAGCAUCCGGGCCGGUCUGAAAGCUGUCGACCUGUGGGCCUCGUCUGAUUGUCUGGGCUACAAGCCGUUCCUGAACCUGAUUCGUCCGCAGCUGCUGAAGCUGCUGGAGGUUCCUGUGGAGCAGGUUCAGCCCGAAGCCUUCCAGCCGACCGGAGCGUCCAAACUGAGCGAGCCUCCGCUGCUGCUGCUGCCCCGAGCCGAGGAGCUGACCGCCGCUCAUCCGCUGCCCUCGGACGGCCCCGCCGGAGCCAGCGCCCGGCCCCUGGACGACACACCGCCGGAGCCGGAGGACGAGCCGCUGGAGGAGGGAUCCUACGACUGCACGCUGUCCUGACACCUCCAGUGUGUGUGUGUGUGUGUGUGUGUGUGUGUUCCUGCUCGUCCACACUGCAGUGUCCUGUGUGUUUUGCUGUGUUUUCAACAUCCUGUGGUCAACAGCAUCAUGUUUUGCUCUCUUCACCUCCACACUGCAAAAAAAUCUUUCUUAGUAUUUUUGUCUUUUGUUUUUAUCUUUUCCAGUACAAACAUUCUGAAAUCAAGAUACAUUUCCUUGAGAAAUAAAAUCUUUCUGAUAAACAAUCAAAAUUAAUUGAGUUAAAAAAAAAUAUAUAUGUAUAUAUUAUAUAUAUGUUUUGGGUAUUUUUGGCAAAAAAUUAUUUAUUAAAUGACAAAAUGAAAUAAAUUUAUGCUUAAAACAAGAACAAAUAUCUGCCAGUGGGGUUAAAAAAAUAAACAUAAUUCACAUGGAAAAUUAGAUUUUUUUUAAUGGACCCCAAAAUGACAGAUUUAUUUUUCUUGUUUUAAGACAAAACUCACUUUAUUUUGAUCAGUUUUUAGACUGUUGAUGUAAUCAAACACAUGCAUAAUUUAUUUUGCAAUUAAGAUGAUAAAUUCAUAAUUAAUGGUGUUUUUUUUUUUUGUUCUUUUUUUUAAAUCACUAUUUUUUUCAUUCACUCUCUCUCUCUCUCUCUCUCUCUCUCUCUCUCUCUCUCUCUCUCUAUAUAUAUAUAUCAUCUUCAUUUAUUUUUUAUUUAAUUGAAUAAUAUUUAUAUAUUUGUACUGGGAAAAAAAUAAAAACCAAAUUCAAAAGACAAAAAUACUAAGAAAGCAUUUUCUUGCAGUGCAUGAGAAUCUGACGUGGCCCGACAGCGCUGUCAUUCACUCUUCACACCGAAUCAUGAGAUCUGUGGGAAUCUGAGGAUUAUUGAUCAGCGUGUUUUUAUUGGUUUGAGUUUGUGUUUGAACGACGGCUUCAUGUUUUAAUGUUAAUGGUGAACUAUCAGCCUGGCACCUGUUUUAUUGGAUGCAGGUUCUUUGAGAUCGUCUCCAGUCUGAUCCGGAUCAUGUUUGGCAGGUUUUAUCAGUUUUUAAGCUGCGAGUCGUGUUGCUUCAGCGCUUCUCUGUGAUCCGUGAACUGUUGAGCGUUCAUUUACCAAACAUCAGAGCUGCUCUUCAAGACAAACACAUGCAUUAUUUAUUUCCCAAUCUUAUUUUACAGCCAUGAUAUUAAUCUCAAAUAAGCAGUUUUUCAUCACUAGAUCUCGGCUGACUGCAUUAUUGCAAUGACUUUUUUGUUUGUUUUUCUGAAUUGAAUUAUUGCAGGUUUGUGUAUUUAUUUGAGCAGCAGGACAAAGAGACGUGAACGGAUCGUCAGUAUUAAUGUGUUCAGUGUUUGUCUCGUAAGCGCUGCCUUCACAACGGACCAAAUCAUCUACAUGUAUCAAUGCCUUUGUAUUAUUAUUAUUAUUAUUAUUCUACUUGUAGUUCUUAUGCGUUAUUGACAGUCGGUCUCGGAGUAUUUAGCAGCUUUAAUGAGAUGCAUCUUUAUUUUAUUGUUUUGUUUUUUCCCCCCCCGAAUGGCUCAAACAAGCAGCUUAGAUCUGGUCUGAUCUGGUUUAAUCUGGUUCAGUGACUCCCAAACCAGCUGACAAGUGCCCAAAACCCCAUAAAACCAGCUCAACGGAGCGGUUUCUGCGGUUUCUCCUCCUCGCAGUAUUCCUGAUGAUCAUGUUCACAAACCAAAGAGCUUCAUGGACGCGUUCAUGGUACAGAUUACCCACAAUCCCUCUGACGUCACAGGACUGAUGAUGUGGUUUCAUGUGGACUGAGGGUUUGAUCUGGUUUCUGCGGGUUUGUGUGUGAGUCGGUACUCUUGAGUUGUUCAUCUGUACAGUUUAAAGUUUCUUCUCAAUGCAGUGUACAGAGAGUUUCCUGGACAAUAACUUUUCUACUCUGUUUUCUAUAUUUCCUGUACAUAAAGAACAAUAAAUUAUUUUUUAAACGUG